CUAACAAAAAAGGAAUAAGAUUUGGCAACCAGCCCACUCGUUGAUUGGUUUCUGGUGCUUUACAAGGGAAAACACAAGAGCUAUUUUGUCUGCUGCGGAGAAGGUGUUGACAGAUUCUAAGAGAAAACUUCAAUAUAGAUUACCUCGCAGAAAGAAAACUCACGCGAUCAAUUUUAAAGCUGACCUUCCAACAUGAGCUUUCCUUGGAAAAAUAUUGUGCUUAAAUUUAUCAGCCACACACAAACAAUAUCAAAGACGUGCAUAAGCGAGCUUUAGUGUCCAAUAUAAGGUACUUUGUUUAUCUAGGGACCCUAAACUUUAGGUUCAAUUUUUUUUCCUUUUUCUCUGAAUAAGUUUACUAUGACGAGCGUUUAGCUAUUACUGUGACAAAAUUUGAACAAAGCUUAACUCAAUGUUGCAUCUUAUGCUUUCACGAUAUAUUUGUAUUAGAAGUUUUAACAGACAGUAUCUAGAAAAUGUCUUGUCUCUGUACUGUCUUAAAUACAUUUGCCGUAAGGUAUAAUCGUCAGUUUGAAUUAACAAACAAGUUACUGCUACGACUUUCCUCGUCUGUUGAAGACACUGGAAAGAUGGCCGAACUUAGGAAGAACAUUUCACUAAACAGAACUCAUGAAAAAUUUAAAAAUUAAAUGUUGUCGUGAUCAAUUCUGAGGUGCAAAUAGACUUUUCUCGAAAAUAAGGACCACGACUAAAAAUUCAGAAAGUACAUUUCGCAUUCAUGAAUAGAUUUAGGUGGAUGAACAUCAAAUUAUUGAAGCCCUGAUGAUGUAAAAUCUACCAUAUUCGUGGAUAUUUGUUUAACUCGAACGCAGCAUGCAAAAAAUCCUUGAGAUAAAACAACACACUUGAAAUUACAUUUUAUUUGGUAAACAGCUGAAGAAACGUGUAAAAUCGUGCAAAUUAAUGUGCUUUGUCUUGUUCUGACGUACACUUGCUGCGGUUGAUUUUAAAGUUCAGUGGUUUUGGACUUUCAGCUGUCAUAUUAGGGACUGUUCCGCCAUGUUAUCGAUGAUUUGCUCGCCCACCGUACGGAAGGAAGUCAUUUUGAAAUGUUAUAUCCAUGUUGCUAUGGAAACUUUAUCACAACAUCUGUUAUCAGUAUAGAGGAUGCUUAGAGGACAUCGUUGCAGGGGUUGUGUAUAAGAUCUAAAUAGAUCUAAGAUCAACAUUUACAGUCUAAAGUGUAAGAGGGACAUUUAGCAGCGCUUGAGAGUCAAUAUUGCCUUUUUUAUACCAGUGACAAGUCUGAUAAUCAGAAAACAUUAUCAUCUCCCAACCUCAAGUAUUCCUUAAUGCUACGCAUAAAACUGACAUAGACCAUAGACGAAAUAGAGGCAACUGCAUUAGGUUUGCGUAGCGUAACCAUUAAAAUCAUCGUUUUUCAAAUUAUCUGUUCUGAAACAGAAAGACUUUUGAUUAGUAUGGAAAUGUAAUUAAACGAUUGAACAAACGUGUUCAAUUUAUGUAAAAACUAUUCAAAGAAGGAGACCAUUUGUUGCAAGCCUUAGAGGAAGAUUAGACGUCACUUCUCUGCGCUUUACGCUGCCGCGAUUGUCAAGUUGAAAAUUUCAGAUUCUGUCGAGAUCAACGUCUGCAGCUAAACUGAAAGAAAAAUGAACAACACCUCAACCACGGAUCAGUUUCCGUCUCAGUCAAACCUUGGCAUGAUAACCUUGAAGAAGCUUCUUCCAAUUUCAAUAGCCAUUAUUUUCUCCAAUGGACUAGUGUUCGCCUUGUUUUACAAACGGAAAAGUCUUCGAACGUCAUCCAAUUACUUGCUGCUUGGCUUGGCGAUUUGCGAUUUCUUAACAGGCGCUGUCAACAUUCCAUACUUCAUAGUUUUUUCUUUCGAAGUUGUUCCACUCAACAUGCAAAAGAACUACAAUUACUGGUUAGUCAUCAUACAUAACUUCAUGGCUGUGUCAGCUACCUACCAUCUACUUGUCAUCACGGCAGAAAAAUUUUUAGCGAUCACCAACCCACUGAAACACUACCUUGUAACCAAGAAAACGGUGUUAAAAUCAUUAGCCGCUAUCUGGAUCACGUCAACGGUCAUAGCCAGUAUUCCUUUAGCUUGGAAAAAUAGUCAAGAUCAGUCACAGAUACUAUUUUUGGUUAUCUAUUUUUCGGUGUGCCUCGUGUUCGUGUUCGUUAUUCCAUAUACAUUCAUGAUUUAUGCUUUCGUAGUCAUGUUCAAGGCAAUCACCAGCAAAAGAAGACCAUCGUCAAUUCCCAGAAGAGUUGCAUCAGGGCUGAAAUGGGAUAUCAUCAGUGACAGAAAGUGCAUUGUAAUUUUUGCAUUGAUGGCAGCAAUAUUUUUAAUUUGCUGGUUACCAUAUUUUACCAUCGGGCUGGUUAUCAACAUAAAAAAUCAUCUCAGGGUCACGUUGACGGAACCGAUUUUUGAAGCCACUGAAGUAAUUGUCCUUGUUCGAUACAUAACUUCGAUUACCAACCCAUUUCUCUACACGUUUUUCAAACGCGACUUUUGGCGGACCUUACGAAAACUUUCUCAUAAAAAGGAGUUUCUUCAUGAUGGGAGGAAGUCCUCGAAACAAAGAGGAUGGUCUCUUUCAUGCGGUGCAGGAAGAAAGCGACAGAAAUCUGAUGACAACAGUACCACGUUAUCUCGGCUUUCUUGGAUUACAGCAGAGGCUAACGUGAAAGGAAACAUCUCGGAAAAACAAAGGCUCUUCGUAUCUUCUGUUUGAUAGCAUUAGAAUUAAUAGUCAGGGAACUAGGAUUAAAGUUUGUGGAUAAUAUUAAAUGGAAUUACUGACUAUAGCGCUGAUGCUUGCACUUGAUAUUCUCGGGUUUUUAUUUGUUACUAUCUUUCUGGUUUCUGAUGGUAAAUGUACGGGAGAAAGUCAAAUUUUCCGGGACUCUUAACAAACCACUCAUAGUGUAUUUAUUGAGGAACAUGUUACAUUAUUGUAACAUGUAUUGUAGUGUAUUUAUUGAGGAACAUUAUUACAUGAACUUUAUUGCAGAGUUGUAUGCCAAAAAAAAUAAUGUUUCUUAACAAACUCUAAAUGAAACCCCGAGUUACCCGUUUACAAGAAAAACAGCAAGCGUCUUUCAAAAUCAGAAUUAGCGGAGUCACCAAACCUAAGAUAUGUGGUUACCCACUAAGGUAAUAAAUUAGGUUGUCAAAACAUUCCUUCUGUACGCUUUCAUAACUGUGUUUUAUCACAUCGCUCGAACCUACGCGAGCCGAAACGAACUUUUUAUUAUUCCAGAUUAAUAAUACUUUUGGACGGCUCUCACAAAGCGAUCGAUGAGAUAUCCCACAAAUGGGUUGUUUUAUCUACGUAUAUAGGAGCCGAGGAAAAUGUGUCAACUGAGAAAAAUGGAGUCAAAAGGAGUAUGCACACGGUUUGACACCAAAAAGUCUAGUGGGGCUUAUUUCUUCCGUGGCGUAGUGAAACUGAUAUAAGGAAAAGCUUCCAGCGGCCAGUUGGAUUCGGUUAUAGACUAAGGGACUGACAUGUGGGAGGUUGAGUGUUCAUGCCCAAAACCGGACAAUCAAUCACUAUCUUAAAAUUAAAAAAAUAAUAAUAAAAAAUAAAACAAACAAACAAAUUAGCAAGAGUACACUUCCUUUGGCACGACAUCAGAAAUGGCAAAAAAAAUUCUUUUCUUACAAUACUAGUGAUGACUGAGGGCGCUGUCUGCCACAUAUUCACUGUCGUGGUCAAACCUCCUGGUUAACUCAAUUGGUUAGA